AUGAUUGUAGAUAAUGAUUCAGAUCAAUUUGUUGAUGACAAUGAAGAGAGAGCAAUAUAUACAAAUGAGAAUAUAACUACUAGAGUAGAGCAAUCUACAGGAGAUGAUGGAGAAAGAGAUAAUAAAAGAGAGAAUGUGAGUAUUGCAGAAAAUACUACCAGUAUUAAAGUUGAUGAUAGGAAAUUACAUUGUUCUCAACUUAAGAGUAUUAAUUAUGUUGCACUUUAUAUUUGCACAUAUUAUGAAUAG